GUUGGUGGGAUAUUAGUGGCAAAUAUUGCAUCGCCCACUGGUCUCUCCAAGAAUAUGUUCGUGCCAACAAAUGGUAAUUUUCGUAGAGUUUGGAUCCAGAAUGAAAGUGCCGACAACAGCGAAUGUCAAGGGUAUGAUUCAUACAACGCUGUUCAUGAAUUUUGGCACCAUGUUUGGAUAGUUAACAACUCUGAUUUUAAGCCUGUUGAAAACACUAAUUAUAUGAUUAUUGUUUUGACUGCUGUUAUCGCUUCAACUUUACCUGUCACUGUUGCUGCUGUUGGUGGUUAUAGGGGUCGUUAUGAAUGGUGCAGGCAUGCCCUACGUCUAUUUCAGAGGUUGGGAUUAGAUUUUAGACAGUAUAUUCAAAAUAGAGAAGUUGGAAUAGAUGCAUACAAGGUGGUAUGA